GCUUGUAAAUUAGGGUUUGCACUUUGCAGAGAGGCACUCAUCCACAGCUACAGCCACCGUUGGUGUAUCGAUCUGUACCUCUAAUUCUCCACCAUGGCGGCGAUUCAGAUGAGCAAGAAGCGAAAGUUCGUAGCUGACGGAGUUUUCUUCGCGGAGCUGAAUGAGGUUCUUACAAGAGAGCUCGCUGAGGAUGGCUACUCCGGUGUUGAGGUUAGAGUUACCCCAAUGCGUACCGAGAUCAUUAUCAGAGCUACCAGAACCCAAGCAGUUCUUGGUGAGAAGGGAAGGAGAAUCAGGGAGCUAACAUCGGUGGUGCAGAAGAGAUUUAAGUUUCCUGAGAACAGUGUUGAAUUGUAUGCUGAGAGGGUCAACAACAGGGGCUUGUGCGCUAUUGCUCAAGCCGAAUCACUACGCUACAAGCUUCUUGGUGGUCUUGCUGUAAGAAGGGCCUGCUAUGGUGUUUUGAGGUUUGUUAUGGAAAAUGGCGCCAAGGGAUGCGAGGUCAUCGUUAGUGGUAAGUUGAGGGCUCAGCGAGCUAAAUCCAUGAAGUUCAAGGAUGGGUACAUGAUUUCCUCAGGGCAACCAGUCAAUGACUACAUUGAUUCUGCUGUAAGACAUGUACUCCUUAGGCAGGGUGUUCUUGGUAUUAAGGUCAAGAUCAUGCUUGAUUGGGAUCCCAAAGGGAAGCUUGGUCCCAAAACUCCCCUUCCUGAUAUUGUCACAAUUCACCCACCGAAGGAGGAAGAAGAAUACAACAGGAUUCCUGUUGCUGCUGCCGUCCCAGCCUUGGCGAAUGAUAUUGAGGCCCCUGCGGUCCCGGUUGCAUGAAAUGUUUUUUAAUAUUUUGUAGUGGUUUUCUUUAAAGACACAUUCAAAGUUUUUAAGUUGCUUAAGUUGUUUCAGAAAUUUUGUUAUAUACUCUGCCAAGAAACAAGUUUUGAAUGAAAAUUUAAUCGUUUUGCCUUUA